CAUUUACAUUUUUAGUUCUUCAUGUAUUUUGUUAUGUUUUGAAUAAUUCCAAUUAUUAUAUUAAAACACAAAAAUGGAUUCUAAUGAGAUCCUCGAUGAUAAGGAUAGCGGACCUGAAGUUCAAAUGAAUUUUCCCAGUUCAGUUAUGAGUCGAAUCGAGGAAUUGAUGGGAGGAACUGAACAAUUUGAUAGUGACGAAUUUGAUGCAGUGGCAUAUAUAAACCGAGUUUUUCCGACUGAACAAUCGCUAUCUGGUGUGGAGACAGCGGCUGCGCGCUGUGAGUUCCGCCUUGCGUCGGUGCAGCAUGAUAUACAGCGGCUAGUCCGGGAGCAGGCUGCACAGCGGGAUGCUGGCCAACAAGCUCUGCUUGAAGCUCAGCGAUGUAUUGGUGAAUUAUCAUUGCAGGUGACAGAAAUCAACAAGAAAGCAGAACGCAGUGAGAGCAUGGUCCGUGAGAUCACUGCAGAGAUCAAGCAAUUGGAUUGUGCCAAGUGGAAUCUGACGGCAGCCAUUACAGCUCUCAAUCAUCUACAUAUGUUGACUGGAGGAGCAGCGACAUUACGUGGCUUAGCACAGAGACGACAGUACAAGGAGUUGGUGUUGCCAUUGCAAGCUAUUAUGGAGGUGCUCCAACAUUUUGAAUCAUAUAAAGAUAUCCGUGAACUAAAUGCACUGCGGGAUGAGGUGCAUACUAUUCGAGCUCAAUUAGCAACACAAAUACUUGCAGAUUUUAAAGAUGCAUUUACAGGUAGCAAGAGUGGUGUGUCUCAAAGGACUCUAGCAGAGGCUUGUGGUGUGGUUGAUGCACUGGACCCUAAAGUGAAAAAAGAACUGCUUAACUGGUUCAUUUCUAUGCAACUACAGGAGUAUCAGCAUUUAUUCUCAGCGGAGCAAGAGUGUGCCUGGCUGUCCCACAUAGAGCGCCGCUAUGCUUGGCUCAAGAAGCACCUUCUCAGCUUUGAGGAGUCUCUGGGAACCGUCUUUCCUCAUCCCUGGCUGCUUAGUGAGAUGAUUGCGAAACAAUUUUGUAAGAUAACACGAUCAGAGCUUACGAAUAUAAUGUCAUCACGACGUAAUGAAGUUGACGUAAAAUUACUACUAUACGCGAUACAAAAAACUUACAACUUCGAAGUGUUGCUGCAUAAACGAUUUGUUGGUACUGAUUUUACAGGUACAGAGAAUAUAGAAACUAAUUCAGAUAAACAACCACCCUUUGAAGAUAAUAAAGAGGGUCAAACGGAGGAGGUACCAGCGAAUGGGUCGCCAUGGGUGGGUUUGAUCGGUGGCUGCUUUGAGCCGUACCUAUCGCUGUACAUUACCAGCCUCGACACAAGUCUGCGCUCCUUAAUGGACACUUUUAUUCAGGAUGCGAAAUCAUCAGACACUGGCAGCACUGGCAGCACUGGCAGCACUGUGAACACUAGCGGCGCUGUGAUCGCGAGCUGCGCGGACCUGUUCCUCUUCUACAAGAAGUGCUUGGUGCAGUGCGCCCGACUCACCACCGGAGAACCUAUGUUAGAACUGGCGGGCGUAUUCCAAAAGUAUCUACGCGAGUACGCGGGCAGCGUGCUGCAGGCCGCCCUGCCGCGCGCCGCGCCCGCGCUCUCCCUGGGCGCGCUCGGCGCCGCCAACAUGCCCAGCCUGGUCACCAACCUGCACACGCUGCUGCGCGACGAGACCACCACCAGGUACACAAAGCAAGAGAUAUCGAAGAUAACCAGUGUGAUCACCACAUCGGAGUACUGUUUAGAAACAACUGUACAUCUGCAACAGAAAUUAAAAGAGAAAGUGACUGCAUCUCUUGCAGAUAAAAUAGACCUCGUACCAGAACAGGAUUUAUUCCAUAAAAUGAUUAGUAACUGUAUACAAUUAUUAGUACAAGAUUUAGAAUUAGCAUGUGAACCGGCGUUACAAGCUAUGACAAAAAUCUCAUGGUUACACUUUGAUAACGUAGGCGACCAAAGUUCCUACGUAACUCAAAUAAUAAUGCACCUAAAAAACACGAUACCAAAUUUAAGGGACAACUUAUCGUCUUCUAGAAAAUAUUUCACACAAUUUUGUAUUAGAUUUGCUAAUUCAUUUAUACCUAAAUUUAUACAAAAUGUGUACAAAUGCAAACCUAUUUCUACAGUCGGUUCUGAACAAUUAUUACUAGAUACUCAUAUGUUAAAAACAGCAUUAUUAGAACUACCUUCUUUAGGAUCUGAUGUUAAAAGACAGGCACCAGCGACAUAUACAAAAGUUGUGAUAAAACUUAUGACUAAAGCCGAGAUGAUUUUAAAACUAGUUAUGGCACCUUUGGAUGGAAAUCUCGAAGGUUUUGUCGCGCAAUUCGUUCAACUUCUCCCUGAAAGUACUUUAGCAGAAUUUCAUAAAGUUUUAGAUAUGAAAGGUGCUAAGCUAUCUAAAACUCAAAUGAGUUCAUUAGACACUAAGUUUAAAGAUCUUACUAAAUCUGUUAAUAAUGAAGGCAAUAAAUAGUGUUGCAAUAAUUUUUAAAAAAUCUUUCUUAUAUCAUUUA